AUGGUGCUGAGAACAACAUUGCGGCCAAGGGUCCUGCGCCUGGCAGCCUUUCGCCCGACUCGGUUCACAUCUACAAAUCCCGUCAUUCGCAUCGAAAAUGGUACCUUCUACAAGCGAUACCCGACCGACGUCGAAGACCCGUCGUCCAAUCCUCCUCUGUUCCCCAACUUGAACUUUACACUGCCCUCCGAACGCACAUCCAAAAAAGACGGCGAAAGCCUACAGCAUUGGGCUAUAAUUGGUCCCUCCGAAAAGACCGACUUUCUUCACAUCCUCCGUGGCCAGCACGUCUGCCUUCCGGCCAACGCGCGCUCAAAUCCGUACCUUCUGCUGAACAAGGUCGCCGCCAAAGACCCACGUCUACGAUCCGUGUCGAAUGCGAUCCGAUAUAUUGGAUUCAAUGCGGAAGGCGCAGAAGCAAUUGGCGGCAGCCGUGGCGCAUACCUCAGUGCUCGCUAUGAGAGUCACCGAGAGGAGACCGAUUGGACUGUUGAGCAGUACCUGCGGGGACAGACCUCCUUGAACCCCAUGGAGGGUGAGAAUGCCGGCCUGAUUCCCAAGGAAGAUUCUUUUAAGAAGAUCUGUUCCCGUCUACACCUCACACCAUUGAUGGAGAUGCCAGUCGCGAAUUUAAGCAACGGCCAAACCCGUCGAGCACGAAUUGCCAAAGCAUUGCUGAGAAGGCCGGAAGUGCUUCUCCUUGACGAGCCAUUCAUGGGUCUGGAUCCUGCGACAGUCAGGAGCAUUUCGGGUCUGCUCCAUAAUUUUGCAGAAAAAUCAUCACCACGACUGAUCUUGGCUCUGCGCCCACAAGACAAAAUCCCCGACUGGAUCACACAUAAAAUGAUCCUAGGAAAUCACCAUCAAGCUCUUGUGCAGGGUCCAAAGUCAGAGGUCGACGAAAUCCUUCAAGUCUGGAGUCACUUUUCAGAGUCACAUGCACCAAUGAAUUUCACCCAUGAACAAAAUAUUGCCUUUCAGAAGAUGAAAACGGAUAUGGAAACCGGUGUCUUAGAUCCAGAUCUCCUCCAAAGCUUGACGGGCGGAUCAAAACACCCCUACGGACGGGAACCUGCGACGUAUCUUGGUGGAGAACCCAUUAUAGAGAUGGAUGGUGUUCAUGUCCAGUAUGGUGACAAACCAGUACUUGGCAAUUGGUCGCAACAAGUGAACAAUAAAAAUGUCAACGGUUUGCACUGGCGGGUGCGCCGGGGACAACGUUGGGCCAUUAUCGGUGCCAACGGAUCCGGAAAGACAACAUUAGUCUCCAUGAUUACCUCUGACCAUCCACAAACUUAUGCACAGCCUGUCAAACUCUUCGGGCGAUCUAGGCUUCCGGAACCUGGCAAGCCCGGAAUUUCAAUUUUCGAACUGCAGUCCCGCAUUGGUCACUCAUCACCAGAAAUCCAUGCCCUUUUCCCUCGGCAACUAACAGUUCGCCAGGCGGUGGAAUCAGCAUUCUCCGAGACCUUUCUUUCAAAACCGAAGUUGAACAUCGAACUUGACCUAGACGUCAAUGCAGUCCUCAAACACUUCCAACCUGAGCUUGACCCGGCUGCUACCCAGAGUGAGGUUCCAGAAGUCAGCACCCAGAUAUUCCCCAGUAUUCCAAAACCUCCUCAGCUUGGUUCCAAGAGAGGAUAUAUCCCACCUGAACACCAUUGCGACUAUGCAGACGAUAUCCGGUUUGGCGAACUCACCACUGCGCAACAGCGCAUCGUGCUCCUCAUACGGGCCCUUGUCCAUAGACCCGACAUUGUCAUUCUCGAUGAGGCUUUUUCCGGUAUGUCUUCUACGCAGCGUGACAAGUGCAUAGACUUCAUCGACUGCGGCGAGAGGCCCCGCCUGGCACGUCUAGCAGUUCAACGUAACGAAAAGCCAACCUACCGUUUCAACGGUCUCACGAAAGCGCAGUCGUUGCUCGUGAUCAGUCAUGUGCCUGAUGAGAUCCCCGAUAGUGUUCGUCAUUUCUUGCGGCUGCCGUCUGACCCCGGUCCGGGUCAACCCUUUCUUGACUUCCGCUUCGGCAUGCUCGGUAUCAACAGUAUGCUAAGGAAACCAACGGUAUGGGAUACUGUUUGGUCCGGCGGAUUGGACUUUAAGGCUGCGAGUCGUCGCGUUUCCCGCCGCAGCACUGAUGAUCCGGCGGCACAAGAUCUCAUAGAAUAUGAAUACUAUUCAAUUUAG